CGCUGUUCAAAAUAGUCGUGAACUUUGUAUGAUUUCGUUGAUAAUAGGUUUUAUUUUUCUUCAGUUGUGUGUUACAACCUGUCAAAAUAUAUUUCAUAUAUACCUCUCUACCAAGAGUUCGAACCAAUUGAAUACCUCUUCAAGCGUUGAAAGACAUUCACCAGGCACUUGUUUGAUUGUUCGAUUUUAGGGAACGGGAAGAAGUUAGUGACUGAAAAUUCUUCCUCAAGUUUGAUGUGAUGUGAUAUAGUUACUAUUGUAAACAAUUUAAAAUAAUAUCUGUCGUGAUAAUUUUUGCUAAGACUUCAUAUCUUCAGAUCGCGAACUUUAUUCACCGUAUAAAUCGUGUGGUGUAUUGUUUCUUGAACAUUAAUUAUUUCUGAAAGGACUGUUAUGCGGGUGAUGACAAAACAAUAAAAGGACCAGAAUGGUGGAAAAAUGACGCACACGACUUGAAUAUCGCAUAAUCCAAAAAUGCCUCCGAGUGCCUUUUCGUGCCUUCCGCAACUUCACCUUCUGCCUUUGAUAUUACUGUACUUCAUUAAAACCGGCCAAGGAUGGCUGCCGGACACGAGCACAAAGUUAACGAACGGUGUCAACAAAAUAGUUAGCGUUAGUUUUACGGGCAACACAUCGUCGCCCGACCAUUUUACUGUCUUGUAUCAAGACGAAGAUUCCAUUCUUUUGGGUGGAAGAAACCAAAUCUAUAACUUAUCCGUGUUCGAUUUUUCCGAACGAAAGGGGGCUUCAAUUUACUGGCCUUCGUCAGAGGCGCACGGCCAAAUAUGUAAUCUGAAAGGAAAAACCGAGGAGGAUUGCCAAAAUUACAUAAGGAUACUAUUUCCCACAUCACCUGGGAAGUUUUUGAUUUGCGGGACCAACUCCUACAAGCCUCUUUGCAGAAUUUUACAUCAGAAGGAUGGCAAAUUUUACAUCGACAAAGAAAUGAUUGGGGUGGGAUUGUGCCCGUUUGAUCCCGAACAUAAUAGCACAGCAAUAUACAGCAACGGACAUUUAUUCUCGGCUACAGUAGCGGACUUCUCAGGAACUGAUCCGUUGAUAUACAAGGAACCUCUCCGUACGGAACUUUCUGAUCUCAGGCAGCUGAACGCUCCAAAUUUUGUUAGUUCCUUAACAUAUGGGGAUUACAUUUACUUCUUCUUCCGAGAAACUGCUGUAGAAUAUAUGAACUGCGGGAAAAUCAUAUAUUCCAGAGUGGCUAGAGUCUGUAAGCACGACAAAGGAGGUCCGCAUCAGUCUAGAGAUCGAUGGACCACUUUCCUGAAAGCAAGACUGAAUUGCUCAGUGCCUGGAGAAUAUCCCUUUUAUUUCGAUGAAAUUCAAUCGACUAGUGAUAUUGUCGAAGGAAAAUAUGGCAAUGAGACCAAAACCCAGAUAGUCUAUGCUACCUUAACCACACCAAAUAAUGCCAUAGGAGGUUCCGCUCUAUGUAUUUUCAAAAUGGAAGACAUUCAAAGCGUAUUCGAAGGGCCUUUCAAACACCAAGAGAGUAUAAAUGCAAAUUGGCUACCUAUACCUGAAGACAAGGUGCCGACACCUCGCCCUGGAAAGUGUGUCACAGAUAGUCGGGUUUUAGCAGACAAAAAUGUGAACUUCAUCAAAACCCAUCCUCUCAUGGAAAAAGCUGUUCCUGCCUUCAACGGGAAACCAUUGAUGAUCAGAGUUAGCCUUCAUUAUCGAUUCACGGUGGUCGCAGUUGAUCCGCAAGUCCGAACUGUUAAUGAUGAAACGUUUGAUGUCAUUUACAUCGGGACAGAUGAUGGAAAAGUAUUGAAAGUUGUAAACAUUCCAAGCCUCAACCACGGAAAAGCAUUUGUUAUAUCAGAAAAUGAAUUAUUCCCGAAGGGUACUCCUGUCAAGCAACUAAAAACUGUUCCAGGGUACGGCAAAGUGGUUGCUGUAAGCUUGAACGAAGUAAAAUUAGUUACUUUGAAUCACUGUAAAACCAUCAACCGUUGCAGUGAAUGUAUAGAACUGCGAGAUCCACAUUGUGCUUGGGAUUCGAUAAAAGACAUGUGUGUGAGCGUAGAUGAGGUGACUUCGUUCAGGUAUUUGUUCCAAGAUGUCAGGAGAGGCGACACAUCCAGGUGCAGGGACCAACUAGGAAACAAAAAGAUUUCUUCCAAAGACUAUGAAAGUAAUUCAAUCGAUUUAAAUACCUUAGACGAAGACAAGAAAAUUGUAGAUCCUUUGCUGAAGAUAGAUGAAGUGUCGACUGACUGUAACGAAGUUGAUGGACAGAAGAUUACAGGCUGCGCUUCUCAGAGUAAACUAACCCUGUACACUUCCGAAUACUUGCACAUAAUUGUAGCUGUUGCAUGUAUAGCAGGACUUUUCGUCGGUUUUUUAUGUGGAUAUCUAGUCUCGCGGCGAUUUCAUUUUCAUGCGCAGAACAAGCAGCAGUACAAUGGACAUCCGAAUCAUUUAGAUAGGUUGAAUGUAAAUCAGAAUAGUUUUUUAGCCCCACGGACCAAGACUGUUAAUUUGGAUGUCCACAAUGUUUCCACAGACUCAUUACCAAUGAAGAAGGACAAUUUGGGCUCCCUGAAGAAUCUGAAUAUCACGAAUAAUGAAGGCACCUUACAAAAGAUUAAGAAAACAUACAUAUGAUCAAUAAAUUGAUCUGUUGACUGCAACUGAGUCUAUCAUGUCGCCUGGUUCAGUGACACCAAAAAAUUUCUACAUCGUACUGAAAAAGGUCAGCAUAAAACAAAUAAUUGACUCUUAGUGAUGAAAAUCUUUUGACACGUGUUAGAGGUAUUCAAAGUUGACGCGCUUCAGAAUAGUUGAAAGGAUUUUUGGUUGCAAAUGAACAGGCCAAAAGUAUGCCCACAGGAUUGUCGAUCCUGUAUAUUUCAAGAAUACACUUAGAGUGCUUGAUCUGAUUUUUUGUACCUGUUCUAUCAUCUAUAGACUGCCUGAUGUAUUCUGCUGUAUUGCGAACAUUUUGAAUGGUUAGUUGCAUAAAAGGAAACUCAAUUUACUGUUCAAAAAAAAAAUUCUUCAGCUCAAUGUAAUAUAUUUUUUAAUAUUAAUUAUCUUAGCGAAUUUUAUUAGUUUUUAUUAUAUCAACUACUUGUAUAUAGACGAGGCUGCACAGUUUUCAUGACAUGAUAUUUUAACGUUACUUAUAUGUUGUAAUUGUUUGUUGCGGUGGAAUCUUGUAUAUGCAUUUCAAUGUUUGUGGAUGUCUCUAUAUCUCCCAUUGACAUGUAUCAGAAAAAAAAUGAAUAUAUCAAAAUGGAAUAAUAAAGUUAAAGUUGUAA